AUGUCUCCCAUCGUUGUUCGAUCCGCCGCCCGCGCUGUUCAAACGCGCCAGUUUUCCCUCCUGACUGCGAUGCGAAAUGCCGGCCGAGCUAUGGAAUCUCACCCCUUCGAGCGUCUUCCCCUCACGCAGAAGCCUGCUUCUCCUGAUUACGCCAAGAUGUUCAAGCGAGUUGGCAGCCAGGCCCUCUUCUUCUUCCCUGGCUUUGCUGUCAUCCUUGGCUGGCCUUUGGCUGCCCAGUAUGCCUUUGACGGUAAACUGUAA